CAUUUACAAUACCACCUACGAUAAACGGGACAUAAUAACUUGAAAUAAACGCGGUGGCUACAGGACAUAGUGGUCCUAGCCUCGUUUUGAAGUUUUAAAAUAUGUACCUAUUUAUUUACUUUGCCGUGUACGAGAAACGGGGACAUAUUAUUCGAAUAGGUUUGAAAUAAACGCUGCUAUCGUAGAAAGCUUUGUCGACUUCGUGCUGAUACGUCAGUAUUGUUCUGCGUACACAAAGAGCGUCUCACUUGGAUACAACGAACAAUACUCAACAGCGUAUUCCCUCCUCCUCACGUCUCAUACGCUCAGAUAAGAUAGCCUCUCGUAUUUGUACUUACUUAGCUGGUGUCAGAUACAUUGUACAGACAAGUACAACAUACCUCUGCAUAUUAUAAAGCCUAGUAAUCAUGUCUAUUGUUGUCCCCACACACCUGCAAAAUACCGCCGAAAUAUGCUGUCCUGAUUGCCGCUCGACCGAUCUCUUAGAAGACUAUGCAGCAGCUGAUCUAAUCUGCACACAAUGUGGUCGUGUAGUAAGUGAGCGUCUCACUGAUACAACUUCUGAGUGGCGUACCUUCUCCAACGAUAACAAUCCCCAGAAGGACAAAUCUCGUGUGGGUGCUGCCGAAGGUCUGAGUCACAACCAGCUCACGACCACUAUAGGCGCCGGUAAGGGGGGCAAAGAUGGGGCAUCUAAUCUGUCCCGGUUGCAAGCCAAGACCAUUAUCGGCAUGAGCGAGAAAAACUUUAACGACGCUGUGCAGGAAAUCAGCUCUAUGGCUGAUCGUAUGGGACUGACUCGUAAGAUUCAGGAGCAGGCGUCACAGUUGUACCAAGCGGCGGUGAAGGAGGUUAAAGCACCUACCAACGCACUUGUAGCUGCGUGCAUCUUCAUUGCCUGUCGUAAAGAAGGUGUUCCUCGUACGUUUCGGGAUAUAUGCCAGCUCACGAAUGUGCCUAAGAAAGAGAUAGGUCGCACAUUUAAACUGAUUCGGUCUAAAGUGCUGCCUAAUAUUUCCGAGACCACAAAUACUGUGCGUGCGUCUGACUUUAUGGAUCGAUUCUGCGCUGAUUUGGGUUUGCGAAGCAUACGUCGAUUUGCGGCGCAUGUGAGCAACAAAGCGUCUGAUCUGGGAGUCAGUGGAGGCCGUCCCCAAUUGACGGUCGCCGCCACAGCUAUAUACUUUGCUUCGCAGCUGAGCAACAAUGACUUGAAACGAUCUCCUAAAGAGAUUGGGGAUGCGUGUGGCGUGGCCGACCAGACCAUCCGCCAGUGCUACAAGGCCUUCUUCAAGCACAGCCGUGAACUGGUCGAAGGGGUCGAGGCCGAGUUUAUGAAGGGACACACUCUUGAAGAACUUCCUUCCGUAUGAGAUAUUCAGGCAAUUGAAUGUGCGUGUUGUAGUACUUAAGGUACAGCUCUCGAGCGACUUUUUGCUGUGCGAAGUGCGCGGGAAAUGUUGCUUGUAUGGAUUUCAUAUGUUUAUUGCUUACGGAGUCGCCUGGAAUGCGGGCGACUGAGUGAUCCCCUAUUGCAUAGCUGGCGUAUACGGACUGUACAUAUUGUGCCGGACAUUUGAUGGUUGUUAGGGAAAAUAAGGUUGGAUAUCUCAGGGCGAGGGUGGGUUCAGGUCUCUGAACGUACCUGCGUUGGCAUGGGCGUGGCUCCGUCAAGACUUUGUUGGAGUAAACCUGCAGAUCUCGGGUCUACAAUCUAUAUCCAACAGCUUGAGCUUCACCACAGUGCAAAGGUUAAGAUCAGUGCAGCGAGCUAUUUGCAAUAGACAUUGGGUCAGUGUGCACGACCUCCCUCGAGCACAUGUCAACGUACAACCGGAUGGAGUAACGCAUGCCGUGUUAUAAAACGGAAUUUUAUACAAAACUGAAUUCUGGACGAUGCUCAAAUUUGGCAGACAGGAUGGAAAAAUCGAAACUAUCGCUAUCGAAGAGUGGGGAGCGAAGUUUUAUUGGUAAAGGAUGUGGAUAAUCAAUUUACAAAUGGAUCUGUAAGGUCAUCUCGUCAAUAAAUGCCAAUGCAAAUUGCUAAUUAUGAAUGUUCAUUAGCGUCGAG